GUGUAAGAACUUUUGUUUAUUGAAGUUUUAGCAGUUAUACAUUUAUGUUCACAACUUAUAAGCAUUAGCAUAAUACUGCAUAAUAUAUCCGUUACUUUUUUCUCCUUUUAAUUCUUCUGUUUUAAAGAUGGUAGUUAUCAAUAAUUAACUUCAUGCUGGAAACAUCUUAAAUAACAAUACGACAAGAAGAAGGAUAAUGGCAAACCAAAUAAAUACAUCGAAAGCAUACAAAAUUAUUUGGUGUUUGCUGUUUUUAUUCCCUCUGAAUAAAACAACAUUUUAAUUGUGUAUAGUUUCUCAUAUAUUGGUUACGUGGUGUUUUGUUAUACAUAUAUCUAUAUAUAUACAUGUAUACAGAUUGAUUGCAGCGCAACCUAUCAUAUGUAUAAAACUAAACGUGCAUGUAUGUAUGAGUAACAGAAUAUACUAACUUCUAUGAACGAGUAUGACGCAUGAGCACAUCGCACACAGUAGUUUAGUUCUGUCAGAUAUUGUAGAUAGCGCUGCAGUCAACGUACUAACACUUAACACGAUAGAUUGUUAGCUCCGAUGUGAGUUUAUUUAAAAAUUCGAGACGAGAAAUUAAACGCGUAAUCAUCAUCGUCCAUACAAGUGGAAUUUUCGUGAUAAAGAAGUGAGAAGAAGAUCAAGCGAAGGACAGGGCACUCGAAAGUCAGGAUACGAACCUGAUCCAUCUUAAGCGCGGUGGGCCGCCGCGCUGGUGGGCCUAGCAGACGACAUGUUGGCUGCAGGGAGCACCUCGUCUCGGAUGUUUUGGCCGCGAAUUUCCUCGGGGAUUCUUGAGUGAGGAAAGUGAGCGAACGCGGUGAAAGCGAGGUGGUGAGAGAGUAAAAUUACUCGAGGGUGUGUGCGAGAGAGGGCACGCGGUUGGGUUCCCCGAGUGGUGGUUGUGCCGUGGUCGUCGACGAGAAGCCUGCGGAGAGGGGUAGAGACUAGUGAGCGGCGGGGAGGGGGAACCCGGACGAGCCCUCGAAAAAUUGAGGAGUCAAGGAACGAAAAUUAGAGAAAGAAGAAAAAGAUACGGACGGAUCUGUGCUGCGUACGGGCUUUUCUUCGUGGGUGAAACUUCAGUAACGAGGAGAUCGUUGGAAGAAAAUUGGAAAAAAAAGCAUAGAAGUGAGAGCAUAGAAAAAGCGAAGAAACUUGGUCGGUCGCAUACAUUAUCUUCCUUAUCUACAGGAGCUGUCGAUUCGCGCGACUUUCUUCGAUUUACUCGAAUAACGAGCUAAGCAGCGCACCGGAGCCGAUCUAUUUUAACUUCUCGUUGUUCUGUCCGAAGGGUAGGGGCCUGCGAGGCGAGGCGAGGUCGAGCUGUCGUGUACACGCGUCCGAGUCCCUUCCUCUUGAAACGAUUUCGCGUGUGUCUCGUGUUCGCGGGCCAUCACAGGAGGCGCAUCGGACAGUGCACGUCAACCUAUUAUCCCAGUCCCGGUCUCGCUCCCACUCUCGAAUGCUCGUCGUGCCUCGUGCGUACUCCCUCUAUCGCAACCUGCCGCGAGACACUCGCGGCCGGUUUCGCCAGUGUUAAACGGAAGAUUCGGAAGUGGUUCGGUCGUCUUUUAUAUUAUCGGUAUUUUCUGUUCGCGUACCACCGUUUUAGUUGUGCUCAAGCUCGGUAUACAACUCGCCCACUUUCUUCCUAGUGGAUCAAUUUGUUAUCGGGCCAGGUGUCACGACCCGUGAACGUCGCUUCGACACGACUGAUCGCCCUCCUACGACUAACGACACAUUCGGCGUCCACACAGAGCAGCAUAUUCUCUAUCAUCGUCGUCGUCGUCGUCGUAUUUUCUUAAAUACAUAAUACAGCCAGCGUUCGAGUGAUCCAUCGUAUUGGACCACAAGCAGCACUGUCGAUCGUGUGUAGCUAUGGUUUCGCGGGCAGUGCAAGAUAGUGAAAAAGAAGCCGUGAAGUGAACGUGUUUUGUGUAUAAUAUAAUAUUUAAGCGAAAAUCAAGAUACGCGUAGUUGGUGUGCGAAACGAAGAGAUAAAGUAAACUCGCGACGGGCAGAAUAAGGUGACGGUGGAGGAGGAGUACAAAGGGAGGAAGAGAAAAAAAAAAAGAUAAAAGAGAGAAGGUCGGGACGAGAGAGCGAUCCGCGUAACCGAUAGUGGGUGGAAAAGAGAGAGUUCGAUAGAAGGACGAAGCUUUGGUUGUAAGCGCGACGGUGAUAGAUAAGUAUCGAGUGACAGACACGGCCGGAACGAAGGAACGAACUCGUAGGUAGAAAAAUACCGUGGAAAAGGGAGUGAAUCUCCGCGUAUCGCGGAAGAGAGGGUGUACUUAUCGAACGUCAGAUUCACGCGAGAUAAACAACACGCGUCGCCGGUAGUGCUCGUACCACGAGCUCUACGCUCGGUGAGUAGUGGUGAUAUUUCUCUGAACCGAGAACAACAGAGAACAACAGAAGUGGAAGGGAAGAGCGAAGAGGGUGAGCCGCGCGUGUCUCUCUCGUGGUGUGUCAUGGGGUGUUUCGGCAGCCAGAGUAGUAAGGCCAGCCAGGAUGACAGCAAGAACCAGAAGAGGCGCUCGGAUGCCAUCACCAGGCAAUUGCAAAAGGAUAAGCAAGUUUACCGAGCUACUCACAGGCUCUUAUUACUCGGAGCAGGAGAAUCCGGGAAAAGCACGAUCGUCAAACAGAUGAGGAUAUUGCACGUGAACGGUUUCAGUGAAGCGGAAAAGCGGCAAAAAAUCGAGGACAUUAAGAAGAAUAUCAGAGACGCGAUACUGACCAUCACCAGCGCGAUGGGCACGUUAACGCCACCCGUAGCUUUGGAGGAUCCAGCAAAUCAGAGUAAAGUCGAUUAUAUCCUGGACGUCUCGUCCUCACCGGACUUCGAUUAUCCCCCGGAAUUCUAUGAAAUCGUGGAAACGUUAUGGAAGGAUCGGGGCGUGCAACAAAGCUUCGAGAGGAGUAACGAGUACCAGCUGAUCGACUGCGCCAAAUAUUUUCUAGAUAAGGUAGCCAUUGUUAAACAAGCGGAUUACACCCCCACAGAACAGGACAUUCUCAGGUGUCGAGUGCUCACGUCCGGUAUCUUCGAGACGCGGUUUCAAGUCGACAAAGUAAACUUUCACAUGUUCGACGUCGGCGGUCAACGAGACGAAAGGAGAAAGUGGAUACAGUGUUUUAACGAUGUGACGGCAAUUAUAUUUGUAACAGCGUGUAGUAGUUACAACAUGGUGCUCAGGGAGGACCCGACGAAACUGAGACUCCGAGAGAGUCUGGAUCUGUUCAAAAGCAUCUGGAACAAUCGGUGGCUCCGCACAAUUUCCGUAAUCUUAUUUUUAAACAAACAGGAUCUAUUGGCGGAAAAGGUAAAAGCCGGCAAGCACAAAUUAGAGGACUAUUUUCCAGAUUUCGAGCGGUACAAGACACCGGUCGAACCAGGGGUAGUAGCGGAUCCCUCGGAACCGCCUGACGUUAUAAGGGCCAAGUACUUCAUUAGAGACGAAUUCCUUCGUAUAAGCACAGCAAGCGGCGACGGCAAGCACUAUUGUUAUCCGCACUUCACAUGCGCCGUCGACACAGAGAACAUCAAGAGAGUGUUUAACGAUUGUCGGGACAUCAUUCAACGGAUGCACUUGCGUCAGUACGAGCUGUUGUGACUUCGUUCCUGCCGACGUGUCGUCCUGUUCUCGUCUAUUCGUAUGAAGAUCACUAUGGUAUCGUUGCGGCUCGAGCUAACGCGAGUCUACAAGCUUCUUGUCGUACGAUGUCCGAUCGAAAUUUUUUAUCGCGAUCUACGACGAUUUUGAGUUGCGUUGGAACUCUUCUUCGCGUGUCUGAGAUCGUUCGGCAUUCAGAGAAUGAAAUGAUACGUUACGCGUCGAAGGAUCCUCCGUACGAGAUACACCGUUUUGUGGAUCGAACGACUCCGAAGUCGAUCGUUCUUCUUCUUCGACGAAGAUUCCAAGGAGAAACGUUGAUACGCAGCGGUUGAGGGUUACCUAAAACAAAAUCUCGUCCCGCGACAGAGGAUACACUUCUUCUCUUUUCUUUUAUUUUUUUAUUUUUUUUUUUUUUUGCACAGAAUCGCUUUAUUAUAUCGUCAUUGGUGUACAAGCAAAACAACAAUGCCCCUCCUAGCGUUUAACGAUUCUACACACCAAAACGUGCGUCUCGACGAAAGAUAUUUCAAAUCUCUCGGGCAUUUCUCGAUCACUCGACUCCUUGAUUUUUUUUUUUUUUUUUUUUUUUAAAUUAGGUUUCGACGUACAGUGUGCUGAACGUGGGAAUACAACGUUCGUUGCUAAUAGAAACACGUGCAAUUUUAAACUAAUUACCUCGUUAAUUUUUAUUCUAAUUACGCAUCAAUUCGUUGAUAAGCAGAGCGUAUGAACGUUCGUUACGCGACGUCGACGUGUUCACCAAGUGGAUAUCCACGACGAUCGUGCGGAAACGGCUCUUUAGUUUCGUCUGGCACACUCGUCGCGUUCAUUGUGUAUCGUUCAGAUUUAGUAUUAAGAAACGUUUCCUAAGACUUAGGUAAUUGUCUCUGAUAAAAAGUCCUUAUCGUUGAUAACGUUUUCUUUUACUCGUUUCUCGAAUCUCUAUCUUUUUCUCCUCGCCCCGUCUCACCCCCUUGUCAAACGAGAUCUUCUUGCAGAAAAAAAAAAAAAGAAAAUUAAUUUUACCCAACCUUCCGAAUCUCCAGUUUAAAUCGCAUUGGCCCGAUCCGUAGGAGUCUUUCAGCCGCAUCUUUUUACAAGAAGAGUAUUUUGUGAGAUUUUACAGUAUUUCGACGAGCGUUUUAAUUGUAUAACUAUGUAUCAAAUAUGUACAGGGUGACCGUCCACGGAUUCAUGUUUUUUAUGUACGUUUCCUAUCGAAUAUCGAGAUUCCUCCACCCGAUAUCGUUUCUACUGAUUUCCAUUGAGACUACUUUUAAUUCUCGUGUACUUAGGGCACGUUGUUCUCGUUGUAGCUACUGUCUCUACAUGUUGAAUCCUAAACAACAAUCUGCAAAGAAGGAUGUUGUGCCACGUUUGAAGAAAAAAAAGAAAGGGAUAAAGGUGUUGAUUUUACACGUACACUCUAUUUGACUAGCGGUUAGACCCCGACAUUUACAAUCAAACUAUCGUUGAUGUAACGUUACAACAUACCAGAGAUUAUAAUAUGUUGCUUAUUCAUUCGACUCUCAUAACGCAAAGUCCUGGGUCACGUUUUCGAGUAGAGCACGCUUCAUGGUCCCCGAACGUUUAUAAUACGGAUAACGUGUACAGGAUGUUGAGAAAGUGAUAGUCGUUGAUUUCAGAAGCGAUUCUCCACCUCCGAUGUAUUUUAUUCAAUGGUUUCAUUGGUUCAGUUUUGUUCCUCGGAUCAUUCACCGUGAUGCGAAGAAUUACUCGGGAAUAUCACGACUAAGACUUUGUCAUCGAUCUUGUAAAAAUCUGAAUCAUUCGGUAAUCGGUUGUCAUCGGUACUCCUUUAGGAUUAAUAUCCUGAACCAACCAUGCGAUGUUGCGAAUUUCUUAUCUCAUGUAUCUUUACUAUUUGGACACCCUGUAUAUGAUAAGUCUCCUAUUCAUUUUUCUCGAAUUUUAACUGUAUUUUUUUUUUUUUUCAUUUUUUCUUUUCGUUUCAUACUACUAGAUCCAGCGGACGAGAUGUUUCUAUACACAUGUGCGAAUUGUUUCGAACAUAUGGUGCAUGAAUAUAAAUUCUCAUUACAAAUUCAUAAACAAUUUAAUACACGGGAUUAAGAAAAAAAGAAAAGAAAGGAAAAUACAUCUGUAAGGAGAGUCAGUGGUGCAGGCAACUAUCUCGUAUCCGCUGGAUCGAGUGCCAGUUACCGAUCUGUGUAACGUCUACUUUUAAUUAAUAGAUAACGAGAGUUUAACGUGAAAUUAAACCGAGUAAAAUAAGGAAAUACGAAUUAAGCCACGAUCCGAGAAGGUUUUAUGUAACAUGACGUAAAUAUAUUGGGGCAUCCGGUCUUACUAUCCUUAUUAUCGUCUUGUUCCAAACUCGAUCACGUUCGCUCCUUUUUAUAACAAAGAUUAUUUAUUUGUAACGCAACAUGGAGAACAGAAGUAUACAUCUAAACCAUUGUCUGUAUAUUUGAUUCUUUUUAUAUGCUUCUUCAAAGAUCUGUGUAUCAAUGGUGCUAUGGUAGAACUCUAUUUAUUUAAAUGGGCAAAGAUUUGUGUUAACCAGAUAUUUGGUAAAAUUUUCUUUGGAUAAACAGAGUUCUCCCAUCUGCGCCUCUUUCUCAAUCGUCUCGACAAAUUUUAUCCACUUGGCAUCGGUCAUUUUAUAUUUCAUUUGUUUCAAUGAUGUUUCCAGUCUGAUCGUAAUUAAACAGAUGUGACUGUUGAAACGAUGAGGAUAGAAAUUCCGGACAUUGCAUAACGAUUACUCCGUAAAUGCUAACGAGCCCACACCUCUCCUCCUCCUGUUCCUCCUCCACGAUCGUAAUGUACUCUCGUGUAACCGAUAUCAAUGUAUGGGCCCGUUGUAUGCAUACCACACACACAUACACAUAUUAAUUAUAUGUAUACCUGUCGUACUAAUAUACAUAAAUUGACAAGCCAUAGUUUGUAAAACGGUAUUUAUAAACUUUACCAAGUGUUAUUUUUACUGUGAAACCGAUUACAGAUAUUGCGAGAGUGCAAUGGAAUGCGAGAGAAAAAUGCGAGCAUGUUUUCGGUGAGAGUAAUAUUGUUACAUAUGUCGAUCAACAAAACUUCCGUGAAACUUUGAAUGUUCACUACCCCCCAGCACAAACAGACGCGAAUCAUCGUAAUCGUGUGUACUGCAAGCCGUAUGAACGAGUAUCGUGUAACUAGUAUUGUUACGAGUAUUCUUAUACUACCGCUACUACUAUCACCAUGAUUUUUCUUUCUUCGUUUCGUUGCGUUUCUUUUCUUCUGAAAGAGAUACGCGAUCGUUCUAAUUUCGAGUGGCGUUGAAUAACGUAGGAUAACGAAGGAUGAAGCUACGAGUGCAUUGGCAAACGAUGUUGAUGCGAACAAUGAUGCAGUUGGUACAGAACUUUUCACUCGAAACGACUCGAAUCGUGAACAAUGAAUCAUAAUCUAUUGUAUUAUUAUUUUCUAUGUAUCACGAUGCAUCAUUCGACGCUUGCCAAUGUACAAUAAUGUGCAAUGAUGCGAAAAAUAGCUGCCCGUGAAAUCAUUGUCCCUGUUAGUCUAACAGACGGUGGCAAUAACACACACGAAAGAAAGAAAGAAAGAGAAAGAUAAGAAUGAAACAUUUGCUAUUAUUACCUGUGUUGAAUGUAAAGGGAAAAUUCGUGAGUGUAAAUUAUAAUCGACUGUGUUUUGUGUGUGUGUGUGCGUGCGCGCGUACGUGAUCGAAAGAAAGAAACGGAUAACCGAAUUAAAAUAACCAUUUUACGUGGCCACGAUUAUACCGAUUAUACAUAUACAUACAUUAUAUACAUAUAUAUAAUUAUACAUAUUGUAUACAUACGCCGAUCGCACAAGUUUUUUUCUUUUUAUUGUACGUACAAUGUGUACCAGGCAUGUGAAUAUGUACAUGUAAAAACUAAAGCGGUGCAAGUAAUUAUUAUUUGUAAAUACUACAAUGGCAGAUUCGUGUGAUCAUAAAAAGGCAAAUGACGACGUAUCGAUAGAUUGACGAAGUUAAAUAUUCUAUUUAUGUGUACAUGGCAAAAAUUUCUGUCUUCUCUUGGAAGGAACAGGUAUAGAGGAAUGGAAUCUCUACACCUUUCCCUACCAAGAGAAGACAUCGAUCACUCGCCGGGUGUACAUUUAUUGAUACGAAUCGCGCGUUACGCGGUAAGAUCGAACAGUUUACGUUUUCGAUCUCGUCGAUCGCGAAUACGUUUGCAUUUAAAGAUCCCUCGAUAAACGUCUCGAUCAUUUAGCUACUGUGCGCGUGCAACGUACGAAACUUGGUUUUUAUUUUCGUUCGAAUUCGAACGACCCCGCUGGUGAUUUACAAGAGAACGAUCCUCCUCGUUUCUUUGCGAUUACGAUUGCGAAUGGAAAUGGAGCGCGUCGUCCACCAAGUCGAAAUUAUUGCGUUUAGUCAAAAAAUUCUUUGUGGGCCACGUUGCUGUGCAUGGGAGAUUGAACGAGAGAGUAUUGCCUUAAGAAGCGAAAGUCAAAGUAGACUGGACGCGAUCUGAAUCGUCGUAAUGAAAAAGUAAAACACUGCUGGUGAUUAUUACCGAUACUAAUUAACUGGCAGUGUUCUUGACUUCUUAAUCAGAUCGCUAAACGACGAUUCGAGGUACCGGUAAGGAACGAUAUAGAAAAAAAUGGAAAUUAAUAAUAAAUGUAUAGAAUUAUUAAUCAAUGUAUUCAAGAUUUUAGCAAAAGUAUCAAGUAAAUACAUAACAGUGUUUACUAUUCGUAGUAAAUCGAUUCAUUUACCGGAUAAUCCAUACAUUGGCUAAUAAGAAUACAUAUUUAUUAUAAAAAAAGAAAUCUCGAUUCGUUACGCGUAUCCGAACGAUAAGCCACGAAACGUCUGCUAUUAGAUAAAUAACGUUCGCGUUUAUGUUAAGGAUACAGAGUCAUUUAUUGUGAUCGUCUUAUCGUUACACUGUUAUUCGAUAAUGAAAAAGAAAUGAAUUGUCUUUACACGGUCAGAUUUUAUUGAAACGGAUAAUGUAGUUAUAUUAUUAUUAAUUAUUGUCGUCGUCAUUAUCGUCAUCUUGUCAUCAUCAUCAUCAUUCUCAUCAUCGUUAUUGUCGUUAUUAUAAACCUGUUAACCGAGUCAUUUUUCAAUCGGAAAGGAGUCAUUUCUCCUUCUCAACUGUGUAACAAGAAGUGAAUAAAGUAGAACCGAUUUAUCUUCUACGCAA